CGUGUCACUUGCAUGCUGAAAUUCCUAGUCCACCAAACAUACCUCAGAGUUAUUAUAAUAAAAAACUUGUUGCAACAGUAAUAAUAUAAAAUGUCACAGUAGCAAUUUGCCAAAAAUUACAGCAAUGGCUCCCCGGAAGGAAGUGCGGCCAACCAGGAGUCUUCAGGCGGAUCAGAGACCGUUGUGGCAUUUCUUCAAGAUAAUCACUCAGAGUACCUUAAAAGAUAAGAAGCUGAGGAUUCCAAAUAAGUUUGCGAGGAAAUUUGGGGAAGAACUUUCUGAUGUUGCUAAAGUUGUUCUACCCAAUGGCCAUUCCUGGCAAAUAGGAUUAACAAAAUCCAACAACAGCGUUUCGUUUGAUGAUGGUUGGCUACAGUUCUUAGAGCAACAUUCAGUCGGUUAUGGGCACCUUUUAGUCUUUGGUUAUAGAGGUUGCUCUAAUUUUAAUGCUCUCAUAUUUGAUAAGACUGCAUGUGAGAUUCCGUAUCAUAGAUGCAGGGGAGGGACUAGUGGUGGAAAGAUCAAUUACGAUGAAAAAUGUUCACCAUAUGAUGUAGAUGUAAUGAAAGAUGAAGGUACAAUUGCAAGCAUCGAUUCCCAAUAUUGUUGCGCACUGGAAAGUGGAGUUUUUGAUGAAGAUGCAGGGGAUUCAAGACAAAGGCACCCAUCUAAGCCUCCUCCAUCAGAAAACAAUGCCCAAGAGAGGCCAUGUUUUGAAUGUUCCGGUGACAAAAGAGGCAAAAUACCUGUGAAGAAGGAGCUUAUUGUUAUGGCCGAGUUAGAUGAUACUGAUGAAUCAAAGAGAAGGAAGCUGUCUAAGAAAUGUAGAUUGCCUAGGCCACAUGGAUCCUUGAUAGAUGAAACCAAGGUCAACAAGGGCAAAUCUAAAACUAAAUUUGAUGAAACUGAUUUUUCACCGCGAUGUGGAGAAGACACGGACAUCAUUGUUUGUGGAUUUGCAAAGGCUUCAGAAGAAAGCAAGAAGGCAAUUCAUGCCGCCAGAAUGUUCAGGCCUAAAAAUCCUUCUUUCAUGGUCCUGUUACGGUCAUACAAUAAGUGUUUCGUGGCUGUGCCGGCUGAAUUUUCUAAAAGACAUUUAAGUGGAGUUUCAGAACAUAUUAAACUUCAAGUUUCUGAUGGAAGACAAUGGCCUCUUCGUCUCAAUAAAACACAACGUGCCCGCAUGAUUAUCUCAAGGGGAUGGAAUGAAUUUAAAAGGGAAAACAACUUGAAGGAAGGAGAUGUAUGUGUUUUUGAGCUGAUCAAGAACAAAAAAUUUUCACUACAAGUUUCAAUGUUCCGUGCAGUUGAUGGCAGCGGGCCUUCAAAUUGACUUGCAGUCUUGGAGGCACAUAAAAGCACUCAGUGGAAGCAAACACAAAAGUGGGAAACUCUCUUAGAAUUUCUCGUGUCCUGUAAUGUAUAAAUAAAAUGUACAAAAAAGCUUUUUGAAACACUCUCUCUAGCAGUGCACUGGUGCUCAGGGCGCAGUUGCUAGAUGAAUGAUCUGUGCAUGUAUGAUACUCUCUCUUUAAGGUUUAUUUGGCAUCAACGUUCUGAAAAA